GCAUGCAAAGCUUGUCUCCCCAAGAGGCUGUCAGCGUGCUCUACUCCCACGCCUUCUUGCGUCUCUGGCCCUCCGAGCACAGCGAGAUGAGCGAGGAGCUAUGGCAGGCGUUGGAAGAGCAAGCCUUAUCCUCCCCGUCCCAGCCACCGGAGCAGUUGCUCAAGCUCUGCCACAUCCUUUUUCUCGCCCAGCGUGUGGAUGAGGCGUCCAUGCCGAAAGUCCUCAACCUACUGGAGAAGGCAGCACCACAGCUGUUGCAACGACCUUCCUGGAGGACUUCUUUGCGGCGGCGCGUGCUGCUGCUCCGUAGUGCCCUCCGAUACCUCCACCGGGAGGUGUAUGCCCAGCUGCCCAAGGACGUCAAGCAGAUCUUCCGCAGGGCGCACCGCAUGGAGCCUGAGAUCCCGCAGACGCAACGCAUGGUGCUCUUCGUGAGCAAGCUGAGCCAUGCGUUGACAAAGCUGAAGAUAGGGCACGUUGCGCAUGCGGAGCGUGGCCCUUUCACUUUCGAUAUUGUGGAACGAGAUCGCAAGAUCAUCUACGAGUGCAACCACUUUGAUCGCUUCUACACCUCCUCCACGGAGAAGAUCGCUUCGAUGUGCUUGCAGGAGCGCAUUGCGAAGGCCAUGGGAUAUCGAGUGAUUCAGGUUCCCCAUUGGCAUUGGAAUAAGAUCAAGCACAAGCGUCAGCGCAUCGAGUACAUCCGCAUGUCUAGGUAUUACGCUUUGAAGGACCGCCGGGAGCUCGCCCCCAGGGACGCUCCGGUGCGGGAUCCAGCGGUAAACGAGUUCGACUACCUGGGCGAGUAUUUCUACCGAAAGGACAUGCCUUCGUCACACUGGUCUUGGUUCCAACCACGCUACGACGCCAGCAAGCGCAUUCCCGCCAGCACUGGACUGCUGUAG